GAACACAGCUGGCUCAAAACCCAGAUCGGUAGAGAAUCGGCUACUGUAACCCCUGGGACUGUAACUGUAUGCUUACUUAAUCUAUAGUCCUAGCCUCAGCCUGGGACCUCCAGCUUUGAUAAGAUUACAGGAUUUGUAUGUGAAAAUAAAUACUGCAAUUUAACAAUUGGUUAUCAAGCUGAGUAUAACUAGAUAUGCCAGACAUCCAAUUGAAGGGAGUCAGUGUUUCCUUCCCAUUUGAGCCUUAUGCCUGUCAAGUGGAUUAUAUGGAAAAGGUCAUACAAUGUCUUCAAACAAAUUCUAAUGGUCUACUGGAGAGUCCUACUGGCACAGGGAAGACACUGUGUCUUUUAUGUGCCUGCUGUUCAUGGCUUAUAGGGAAGAAAGCAAUGUGGCAACAACAUAAGGCAGCCAUUGCUGAGCCUGAACUAGCAGAGCAACUCCUUCAUAGUACUGGCCUGAAGCAGGGAAGUGAUUCCUGGGGCGGCAUGUCAGCUCAUCCAAAAAUUAUAUAUGCAUCCAGAACUCACUCUCAGCUUUCACAAGCAGUACAGGAACUUAAACGUACAUCAUACAACCAUUUCAAAGUGAGUGUGCUCGGGUCAAGGGAACAACUAUGUAUUCACCCUGGUGUGCAGAAAGAGACCAAUAAUACAUCAAAAGUGCAUAUGUGUAGGGCAAAGGUACAGGCUCGGAGCUGUCAUUUCUACAACAAUCUAGAAAAUGGAAAGUUGCAGAAAGACUAUCAGGCCAAUGUUGUUGAUAUAGAGGACCUUGUCACACUUGGAGAAAAACACAAAGUUUGCCCAUACUACAUGGCCAGAGAGUUGAAGAAAGAAGCAGAGAUUAUAUUCAUGCCUUAUAACUACUUACUUGAUCCUAAGUCUCGCCGGGCACAUGGAAUAGAACUUAGUGGAAAUGUCAUCAUAUUUGACGAGGCUCACAAUCUGGAAAAGAUCUGUGAAGAAAGUGCAUCAUUUGACUUAAAAGCUGGUGACCUUGCCAUGGCUAUAGAAGAAUUGGGGAGUGUACUUGACAAAGCACUUGAACUAGCCAAAGAGGAGGAUAACCAAGACAUUGAGGGUGUACCCCCAACAAAUUCAGAUGUAAUACCAGAUUUGCAACCAACAGAACUAUACAGUGUAAAGGCUAUGAUGCUGAAGCUAGAAGAAGCCAUAGACCAGAUUGAGAUCAAAGACAAAACAGCUGGGCUAACCAAACCUGGCGUAUACAUAUUUGAGCUGUUUGGUACAGUAGAACUUACAUAUGAGAACAAGAACAGAUACAUCGAGGUCUUAGAUAAAGCAAUACAGCAUUUAACAAAUGAUGAGAGCAGUGGUUUCCAGAAUAAAGGCCAGUCAUUGUCUAAGUUCUGUGAUGUCAUAAAGAUAGUGUUUAGUAGGGACCCUGAUGAGGUGAAGACAUAUUCCAUGGUCAACCAUCAACACUCUGUUGCCAAACAUUUCAAGGUGCACAUCCAAGAUGAAGUAUCUGAUGGGAAGAAGUCUGCUAGAAUAGAUGACUGGACAAAAUCAACAAAAUCACAGAAAAAAGGUCGCACCCUGAGCUACUGGUGUUUCAGUCCAGGACAUACAAUGGAAGAUCUGAAGGCACACAAUGUCAAGUCUAUUAUUCUCACCAGUGGCACACUGGCUCCUUUAGAGUCAUUUAAGACAGAAAUGAGAAUCCAGUUUGAUGUUCAGCUUGAGAAUCCUCAUGUAAUUAAACAACACCAAGUGUAUAUAGGAUCAGUAUGUAAAGGCCCUGAUGGGACACUUCUCAACUCCUCAUAUGAGACAAGGUUUACUACAAAAUACCAGAACUCACUGGGUAACUCACUAGUUAACUUUGCCAGAGUGGUUCCCAAUGGUCUACUGGUGUUUUUUCCAUCUUACCCCGUGAUGAAUGGAUGUGUAAAACAAUGGCAGCAAGGCGAAGGAAAUAUCUGGGGUCGCUUAACACAACAUAAACCUAUCUUCAUCGAGCCUAGAGGGAAAGUAGACUUCCAAACUGCAAUGGAGGAAUUUUACGAGGCCAUAAAUGAUGAGUCUAAGAAUGGUGCUAUAUUUAUUGCUGUGUGUAGAGGAAAAGUGAGUGAGGGUUUGGACUUUGCAGACAUCAAUGGACGUGCUGUUGUUAUCACUGGCCUCCCAUACCCCCCAAUGAUGGACCCUAAAGUCAAGCUGAAGAUGCAAUUUCUUGAUGAAAUGAAAAUUAAAAUGAAAGAGGGUUUAACUGGCAGGGCUUGGUACAAACAGCAGGCCUCAAGAGCAGUCAACCAGGCUAUAGGACGUGUUAUAAGACAUAGGCAGGACUAUGGAGCCAUACUUCUCUGUGAUAACAGAUUCUCCAAUGCUGACAAUGUUAAUCAGCUCCCUCUAUGGUUGCGUCCUAAAGUGACAAGUAUUGGAAACUUUGGGCAGGCUGUAAGGGACCUCACUGAAUUCUACAGGACUGCUGAGAAAACUAUGCCAGCCCCCAAACCAACCAGGAAGCGUAUUGGGGCAGGUGACAAGGCAUGCGAGACAGCAUACUUUGAGCCCACAAUCAACAGAGGUGCAGGUGUGAAUGUGUUAGCUGCUAGCAGGAUAGAGAAUCAUGUAAAGAGCCUCAAAAGAGUAGAUUCAGCCGAUGUGUCAAUUACAAAGUUGAAGAUUGCUUAUGAAGGAGAUGACACCAGUCCCACUGCUGCCCCUGUUAAUCUGCUUGAUGCUCUGGAGAGCACACAGAAACCCCUCAUUGACACAAUGUGUAGUCCAGAACCAGUAAAGCCUACUUCUCAUCAGCUUGCUCUUGAAAAGAAGAAACUAGAUUUAAAGAGGGGAACUAAAAGAAAGCUGGUUGUUAAGCCGAACAAACCCAAACAAGAGACGAAGAUCCCAGAAGCAACACCUUCAUCAGCACCAUCUAUCAAUAAACAUAUGGCAGAAAGUAUAUCAUACCUUGAAAAGGUGAAGUUAGUGUUGAGUGGUGCAUCAUAUAAGAUGUUCUCUGGUGCAAUGUUAGCAUACAAGCAAAAAGAAGACUUCACCAAUCUGGUCACAGUCCUUGCUGAACUGUUCACUGAAGACAAGAGACAUGAACACUUAUUCAGAGGGUUCUACAAGUAUGUCAAGCCAAAACACAAGAAAGAAUUUGAUCAAAUGUGCAAAGAUAUCACUGGGUUGGAUUGUGACUAUAAACCAGAGCACAGUUUGUCUAAGCAGCACAGGACUGUACCAAGCAAACAACGUACAAUUACACCUAGCUUCCCAUUGGGGAACAAGUCUGGUGCAAUAGCUGAAGUGAUCAAAAGGAGGAAACUGGCCCCAGUUGCCUCAGGGUUCAUUGAUAAGGGAACACUGCUUGGUCAACCUAAAGAUAACAUGAACACUAAAGCAAGUUCAAAGACCACAGCAGUAUGUGAUGACAUUCCUCUCAGUUCAUCUAGUGAGCUCAUCUUCAAGAUGCCCCACACAAGCUCACCACCACAUAAUAGCAAUAAAAUAAACCACACUCAAAUGACUGGUGCAUCUUCACAUUCCAAUAAUACAGCCGACAGUGUAGAAUCCACAAUUGAUGGACCAGAAAAUAUAAAAACUACAACAAAUCCUGCUUCCAAUUCACAUGACAUUAGUGACUCCAUAAGGCUAAAUGGCAAAAUUGUGCAAAUGGACAAGAACUUAGAAGCUAUAACUUCUUCUGGAUAUUUGGAAAAGAAACAAGACAAUUCUGCUGAUGUCUCUAUAGAUCUAGAUAUAAGCUUGCCACAGACUAAACCUCUAGCAAAUAAAAAAGAUAUCACUAUUAAUAUCAAAGUCCACAGUCAAACUGGUUGUGCUAAUAAUGUUGAUGGCGAUAGCUCAAAGAAAUCAUCAGUCAAACCUAAAGAUGACUCUAAACCUCAGAAAACAACAGGCUAUACUUGUGGCAGAUGUAAACAAGAUGCAAAAGUUCCCUGUAAAGCUCUUUGUGAACAUGUAUGCUGUAUCACUUGCUGGAAGGACAUUUGUCAAGGGGAUAAGCUGUGUCCUGUCUGCAGUUCACCUGUGAGGAAGAGACAUUUAGAAAGAAUAUAUUUCCCCCAUGGACCAAAUAAACAAAAUUCUUGAUGGACAUUUUACAGUUGAAAAGCAAUAUUUAAUUUAUUUAUAAUAGCCAAUUGCAUGCUAAAUUCUUCACUGCAGUGCAUGAUGAUAGACAUUAUUUUUAUAAAACUAUUCAAAAUUAUGGAAAGCAGUGCUGCUAUUACAAAAAUGGAAUUCAUAAAACUGACUGAA